CUCCAAAAUCUUGUCGCCUCAUAAUCCAUGGCCUAACCCACCAACGACGGCGGCGGCGUUUUUUCUUAGUUUCUAAUAAAUUUUGUAUCUUGCGACAUUCUUCAAGCAGGGCUGUAGUUAUUAUUUCAACUCCAAUACUCACUAAUGAAAAAAAAAUGAAACACUUGAAAGGUGUAAAUUGUUUCGCUUUCACUAUUCACUAGCACUUUCAUCCGCAGUGUACAUCAAAAGUGCAAAAUGUAAAUUCGCUUUUAAAGGCGCGUUUUCACGGUUCACUUUGGAUGAUCAUCCCGGAUGAAUCAUCCAAAGUGAUCGCGACGAUGAAAGUAAAGGCCCAAUUACAUUUGUCACUUUUGAUGAUCAUCUUGGAGGAAUCAUCCAAAGUGACAAGUAUAAAUUGCCUUUCAUUGUGAUUUCAUCCAAAGUGUACACUAAAGAUGAAGGAUGAAAGAUAUCGACCCCCGACCAACUUUUGAUGAAAGAGUCGUUCAUCGAGAGUGAAUGCCCAGUGACAAAUGUAAACUGCCGACGCACGUUCACUUCACAAACACUAGUUGAUUGUUUUGGGUUUUGGUAUUCGCGUAGUUUUAAGUAGGUAGUUUUAUUUGAUUUAAAUUAUUGUAGGAGUUUUGUGCAUACCUAUUGUCGUGGCAAUGUCAUUCAGGUGGCAAGAUAAACACAUGGAACUAUUUCUAGAAAGUUAUCAGCGGUAUGAGUGCUUGUGGAAUAAUAAAUGCAGUGAUUACAGCAAAUCAAACGUACGGGAAAAAGCGUACUUAUCAAUGCUGGCCGAUUUAAAUUUGCCUGGAUUAACUGUACCCGACAUCAAGGCAAAAAUAAAAACUAUUAGAACACGUUGUGGGGCAGAACUUUGCAAGAUAAAAAAUUCAGAAAGAAGUGGAGCUAGUGCUGAUGACGUUUAUGAGCCCAGACUAUUCUGGUUUAAACUUGCAGACGUGUUUCUCCGCAGCAUAUGCACUCCAAAAGCAAGUUCAUCAAACUUGAAGGAGUUAGAAUCGACGAGAAAGGGCAUUUCUGGAAAAGCAACCGAUGAUAGCCAACAUUUGGAAGAACGUGAACAGCAAACUGAGCAAACGGCACACAUUCAGGACACUGAACAGCAAACUGAGCAAACAGCACACAUUCAGGACACUGAGGCAACAUCUCCAAAUACGAUUGCAACGUCUUCGGCGGUAAUUAAGAAUACUCCAAAAAACACAAAGGGGCGUAAACGUUCCCUCAAUACUACUAUUUCGGGGGUUCAGGACGCAAUAAAACAAUUGAAAACACUAUCGGAAGAAAAUAAGGAGGAUCUGAACGAAUUCGACGUGUUUUGUGAGAGCCUUGCUAUACAGUUGAAAAAAAUGCCUUUAAAUAGGGCUCUUAUCUGUCAAGAACAUCUACAGAAAGUGAUGACGCAAGAACGACCCUUCCAACUCACAUCAAACCCUCAGUCUCACUCAUCCAUGUCACCUGCUGAUUAUCAACAGUCCAUACCAACUUCAGGCCGGUACUCUGCGAUGUCAUCAGGGCAAAGCAGCACACAUUCACGGCAGUCACAAAACCAUUACUACCAAUCUACCGAAAAAGAUGACGAUUAUGAAAGCACUCAAUAUACCAGUGAUGUUUUGUCCGAUGCCCUUUCUUCAGCGGGAUUAAUAGUUGGUGAUGAAUUAAUGCCUUUAUAA